AUGGAACGGAAUAUUGAUGUUUACUCCACCAAACUAGGGGAUGAAAAGCUGGAUGUCAAAAUCAGAGCAAAUGUCGCAACCGAGUUGCGAGACAACAUUGAGCCGCUAUGCCAGGGCGCAAGCUACCCUGUGUUCUUGGCAAAGCUUUGGCCGGUCUUUAAGAAUAUUCUGAAAGGAGAUCCGGUCUUCUUCAGCAUGUCAUAUGAGCAGAAACUGCGCAAUUGUAUUCUAGAGACCCUUCAUCGACUACCAACGGCCUCGCCUGAUGUGGAACCCUACGCGGCAGACAUGGUGGACGUGCUUAUGGACCUUGCGCGCAUUGAGAAUGAGGAAAACGCGGUCCUGUGUAUGAAAACCAUCAUGGACCUGGAGCGGAACCAGGCAAAGGCCACAGCGGCUCGAGUACAGCCUUUCUUGGAACUCAUCCAGGAAAUGUUCCAGACCAUGGAAAACGUGGUACGAGAUACUUUCGACACGCCAAAUCAAGCCACACCCUCCGGAAUGCCAUCGACCCCGAACGCAAGCGCACAAAACUUCCAGUCCCCUCGCCCGAGCUCCCCUGCCACUUCUGUAUCGGAUCUGGGCCCAGACCAGCAGGCUAGCAAUGUUAUCUUGAAGGGCAUGCAGUCCUUCAAGGUCCUUGCCGAGUGCCCGAUUAUUGUCGUCUCGAUCUUCCAGACUCACCGCGCUUCGGUCGCUCAGAAUGUCAAACUUUUUGUUCCGCUUAUUAAGAGCAUUUUGCUUUUGCAAGCGAAACCGCAAGAGAAGGCGCAUGCCGAAGCGCGCGAGCGGAACACGAUCUUCACGGGAGUUUGCAAGGAGAUCAAGAAUCGGGCCGCUUUUGGCGAGUUCAUCACAGCUCAAGUGAAAACAAUGAGCUUUUUGGCGUAUCUGCUCCGCUUGUAUGCUCAUCAGCUUCAGGAUUUUCUUCCCACGCUGCCGACCGUGGUUGUCAGACUGCUUCAGGACUGCCCGCGGGAAAAAUCCGGUGCACGCAAAGAAUUGCUUGUUGCUAUUCGGCACAUCAUCAACUUUAAUUAUCGCAAGAUCUUUCUCGAAAAGAUUGAUGAGCUUCUUGAUGAGCGAACGCUCAUCGGUGAUGGCUUAACCGUUUAUGAGACGAUGCGUCCGCUGGCCUACAGUAUGCUUGCAGAUCUCAUUCAUCAUGUUCGAGAUCAUCUCAGCCGCGACCAAAUUCGUCGAACCGUGGAAGUCUACACAAAGAAUCUUCAUGAUGAGUUCCCGGGUACGAGUUUCCAAACGAUGAGCGCAAAGCUGCUCUUGAACAUGGCGGAGAAGAUUUCGAAGCUUGAAAACAAGCGCGAGGCACGGUAUUUCUUGAUUAUGAUUCUUGAUGCGAUUGGUGAUAAGUUUGCAUCCAUGAACCAUCAGUUCAACAACGCCGUUAAAGUUUCAAAGGCCUAUAAGGAAUCUCGGAAAGAAACAGAGGCGUCACCAGAGAGUUAUCUUGCGGAGAAGGACCAGCCGCCCGACUGGGAUGAAAUCGACAUCUUCUCUGCUUCUCCCAUUAAGACCUCAAGCCCCCGCGAUCGUGGCGGAGACCCGGUUUCGGAUAACAUAUUCCUCUUCAGAAACCUCAUCAACGGAUUGAAGAACAUCUUCCACCAGCUGAAGAACUGCAACCCGGAUGAUGUUCAGAUCGAUCCGAAUAGUGUACCCAUAAAUUGGUCGGAGGUAUCCUAUGGUUAUAAUGCCGAAGAAGUCCGGGUGAUCAAGAAGCUUUUUCAUGAGGGUGCUCGUGUGUUCCGUUACUAUGGCGUGGAUCAGUCUCCACCUGAGAUGAAUUACUCCUCCCCAUUCGACUUCCUAGCCAGCCAGUACACAGCACCGAUGUCGCGUGAAGAAAAAGAGCUCCUGGAGAGCUUUGGCACCGUUUUCCAUUGCAUUGAUACUGCGACAUUCCACGAAGUUUUCCAUUCCGAAAUUCCCUAUCUUCACGAGCUCAUGUUUGAGCAUGGUGCUUUGCUUCACCUUCCGCAAUUCUUCUUGGCUAGCGAGGCGACUUCACCCGCAUUCUCGGGAAUGGUCCUGCAGUAUCUUAUGGAACGUAUUCACGAGGUUGGCACCUCGGAAAUGACUAAGGCUAAAAUCCUCCUCAGAAUGUUCAAGCUCUCGUUUAUGGCUGUAACAUUGUUCUCUGUACAGAAUGAACAGGUUCUCCAUCCACAUGUGACCAAGAUUGUUACAAAAUGCAUUGAACUGUCGGUCACAGCUGAGGAGCCUAUGAACUAUUUCCUUCUCCUCCGUUCCUUAUUCCGGAGCAUUGGUGGGGGGCGGUUUGAACUUUUAUACAAGGAGAUUUUGCCUCUUCUGGAGAUGCUUCUUGAAACUUUCAACAACCUCCUCCUUGCCGCUCGCAAGCCCCAAGAGCGAGAUCUCUAUGUUGAAUUGACGCUAACAGUGCCUGCUCGACUAAGCCACCUUCUUCCUCAUUUAAGCUAUUUGAUGCGCCCGAUUGUGGUGGCAUUGCGUGCUGAUUCCGACCUCGUUGGGCAAGGCUUACGUACCCUGGAGCUUUGCGUCGACAACCUGACAGCUGACUACCUCGACCCUAUCAUGGCUCCGAUCAUGGACGAAUUAAUGACAGCCCUAUGGGACCACCUUCGACCUCAUCCGUAUAACCAUUUCCAUGCGCACACUACGAUGCGCAUCCUCGGAAAGCUGGGUGGUCGGAACCGCAAAUUUUUGAACCACCCGCCUGAGUUGUCAUUCAAACAAUACGCGGACGACAAUCCAAGUUUCGACAUUCGUCUCAUUGGACCCAGCGAAAAGCGGCCCUUCCCUGUGGAUACUGGUAUCGAUCUAGCCAUUGGGAAACUGAUGGAGGCACCUAAAUCGGCAUCAGCAAAGGCGUCAGACAUAUAUUAUAAGCAGCAGGCCUAUCGUAUGCUGAGCUCGCAUCUCAAGCUCCAGAUCGGUUACGAAAAUCUUCCCGAUGACUUGGGUGCCCUCAUUCGACUCCAUGCCAAUGACCUUUUUGAAGUCAAAGCUGGUGCCAUGGUUGAUAUUCUUGAGAAGUCGGAGAGAACUGCUUCCAUUCCGAAGAAGGUGGUGCAGGAAACCACUGUCAAGAAGCUCCUCAAGGCUUGUAUAUUCGCUACUACUAUUGCUGACAUCGAGCCGUCUGCGACUGCAUUCGUUGCUGAUGUUUGCAAGCACUUUGCUAUUGUUGAGGUCGGUCGGGCACUUGCUCAAGCCCGCCACGGUCGCAAACCCUUUGAUGUUGCCAAUGGAGAAGGUCCUGUCUAUUUGGAUUCCCGUGUCCUAGCUGAGGCUAUAGUUGAGUGCCUUUCCUCCGACAGCGUUCAUGUUCGGGAGGCAGCCGAACAGGCGUUGCUGGUUGUUAAAGAAGCUGCAGGUGUGAUCUUUGGCGCUCCUGAGAAAGCAUCUAAGCUUCCAUUUUUUCAACACCUGGGCCGUGUCUUCUGCCACAGCUGCCACAGCGAGGAAUGGUUUACCAAGGCCGGCGGGAGCUUGGGAAUUCAGCUUCUUGCUACCAAGCUAGACCUUGGAGACUCUUGGCUUUACGAACGACAUGUUGAAUUCUCGCGCGCUUUACUCUAUGUGAUCAAGGAUACACCUGCAGAUCUUCCCGCCUCCACGCGCAUCCAGUCCCAAGAAACAAUGACUUUGAUCCUUCAGCGCUGCGGCAAGUUGAUCCCUAAGAAUGACAUUAAGAACGAGAAAAGCCGCUUGUUUUCUCUUUGUGGUCUUUUCGUUUAUGAGCUGGGACAUAUGAACAAACAUGUUCGCGAGACCUCUCGCCUUUGCUUCUCCACAUUGAAAGAUGAACUUGGCUGUGAGGUGCAUGAACUUAUCUACCCUGUCAGGGAUCGUCUUCUGCAGUCAAUUUUCAAUAAGCCAUUGCGUGCUCUGCCUUUCCCAACACAGAUUGGGUUCAUCGAUGCGAUCACAUAUUGCUUGGGCCUGCAUAACGACAUCGUUACGUUCAAUGAGCCACUGAAUCGCUUGAUGUUAGAAUCUCUUGCGCUUGCUGACGCGGAUGAUGAUUCGCUUGCCUCCAAGCCGAAUGAGUUCAAAAAUGCAGACAUGAUUGUGAAUUUACGUGUUGCUUGCUUGCGUUUGUUAUCCAUGGCUAUGAGUUUUCCUGAGUUUGCCAACACUCCGCAGAACACCAGCCGAGCUCGGAUAAUCUCCGUAUUUUUCAAGUCACUCUAUUCGCGUGCUCCUGAGGUCAUUGAGGCGGCAAAUGCUGGUCUUAAGGAUGUCCUCACACAAACCAACAAGCUGCCGAAGGAUUUGCUUCAAAAUGGCUUGCGCCCAAUUCUGAUGAAUUUACAGGAUCCUAAGCGCUUGAGUGUUGCUGGUCUGGAUGGCCUGGCGCGUCUCUUGACCCUCUUGACGAACUAUUUCAAGGUCGAGAUUGGUGCCCGCCUGUUGGACCACAUGAAGGUUAUCGCCGAUGAUACUGUUCUGCAGAAGGUAUCGUUUAGUCUUGUUGAGCAAAAUCCUGCUAUGAAGAUUGUGGCCGCCAUAUUUAAUAUCUUUCACCUUCUUCCCUCUGCUGCCACCUCAUUCAUGGAGAAUUUGAUCGACAAAGUCCUCGAUCUCGAGAGAAAACUGCGCAGAACCUCACAUAGUCCAUUUCGCAAACCCCUCGUGAAGUACCUCAACCGCUAUCCGAAGGAAAGUUUGAAGUUCUUCUCCGACCGCUUUCAGAAAGAAAAUUACGGGCGCUUCUUCGGUCAAAUACUGGCUGAUCCUGACAGCGAGGCACUGCGCAAUGCUGUCAUGGCUGAUACCGAGACCUUCUCUUCAAAUGCGUUUGGAGGUGAUGUGGUAGAAGAAAGCAAGAAUACGGUCGCCAUCAACGGAAUCUAUAUCGCGCACUCUAUUUGUUCGUACAAGUCUAGCAAAGAAUGGCUCGUUUCUCAUGCCGAUUUGCGCCAAAAACUUCUCAUUUCCGGCAGAGAGCUUGAGAGAAAGCUGCGGGGCGAUAGCCUGCCGCCUGAUGAGCGCCUUCGAGUCGAGCAAGCCGAGGAUCAGUUGAUGGAUAUCUUUACAUCCUAUCUGGCUGAGGCAUCCCAUGACUUAGAUUUCCUUUUCGAGGUCAUCGACGGCUUGUCUGCAGACGAGCUGAAACGCACCCUUGCUCUUCCAAAAUUUAUCUACAAGCACAUUAUUAGCAACGAGUCCAUAGACUACCGACGAUCUGUCAUUAUGCGCUGUCUUGAUCUUUAUGGACAACGCACUUGUUCCCAGAAGACCAAAACCUACGCGUUCCGCAACCUGGUAAACCCAAUAUUUGCCAUGGAUGUUCAAACUACUUGGAACAGCCCACCAAACACACCCAAGUUGAUGGACAAGAGCAUGACCGAAUCUAUCCAGAGCCGUUUGUGGAAGCCUCAAUUGGCAGACCUGAGCGAGGAGUCGAGCCAGGCGGGGGUUGAUCAUUCCCGCAUGGAGCUACUGCAAUUGUCUGCUCUGUUGAUCAAGUAUCACCACCAGACCGUACAGGACUCUCGUAAGGACAUCAUCAAGUUCGCUUGGAAUUAUAUUCGUCUCGAGGAUAUCAUCAACAAAUAUGGUGCCUAUGUGCUGAUCAGUUACUUCAUCGCCCAUUAUGAGACACCCUUCAAGAUUGUGAUUCAAGUGUACGUUGCUUUACUGAGAGCACACCAGAAUGAAGGGCGUGCUCUUGUUACUCAAGCUCUUGAUGUUUUGGCGCCGGUGCUUCCCACGCGAACAGCGGGCAACCAAGGCCCUGAGGCCCGUUACCCUUUGUGGGCCAAGUGGCCUCGCCGAAUCUUGGCUGAAGAGACCGCCAACCUGCAACAGGUAAUGAGUAUCUUCCAGUUCUUAGUACGACAGCCAGAUCUCUUUUACGAGUCGCGGGAGCAUUUUGUACCUCUCAUUGUACCCUCGCUUAUCAAGAUUGCCGGACCGCCAAACACUUCCAAUGACAGCAAGAAGUUAGCACUCAACCUCAUUGGUUUGAUUUGGCACUGGGAGGAGAGGCGUGUUCAAGCCGCUGAAUCUAACCCUACUGUCAGCAAUGGAGCAAUUGAGUCACCAAAUGCAAAGAAGCGUAAGCUGGAAGAGGCAAGGGAGACAGCGUCUGCAUCUCCGUCUCUCGCACCGCCGUCUAUUCGGGAAAGAUCUGAUUAUACCGUGCCUUCUGAACUCCGUGGCGCUCUGAUCAAGUAUCUCAUCACCUUUAUCACCACAAUCCCAGAGCGGUUUCUGGUACCUGCGGCUUCAAUUCGUCAGAUGACCUCAUCUAAACCAUCGCCGCCUGUGCCAACUGGCGAAAUGAUCAACAAGGCCGUGGUGCUCCUUAGAAAUCUUCUGUCCAAGGACUACUGGAGUGACCUUGAUAUUGAUCUAUAUCAGAAGGUGACGGAGCCCAUCCUUGCAGGUGAAAAGGCAGACAAGCCCGAUGACAAGCAGGUUACCCCGUUGGUCAAUGCCCUGCAGGUUUUGCGUGUUCUCAUCGCAGCUAAACCAGACGAGUGGAUCACUGCUCGCUUGUCAGUCAUUCAGAAGCUUCUUGAAAAACCUCUCAAGUCUGACAACCCUGAAAUCCAGGAUUGUUUGCACGGCCUGGAAGAUGAGAUGGACAUUUUACCCAAGCUACCUCCCCCAGUCCGUCGUGUUCUCGAGGCCAUUCCAGAUGACCAGCCGGAUGACGAGGAUGCAAUGGAUACUGAGAGCUCUCCAUCCGAGUUUGCGACAUACUUGUCCGCGAUUGCCACUGAGACUCUUUCGGCCAGCAAUUAUGUAUCAAGCUUGAAUACGCUAUGGACACUGUCCAAGAUCAAGCCCGCCGAAAUUGAUACGCAUAUCCCAGCUGUCAUGAAGGCAUUCUCACAGAAGCUGGCUAAGGAGCAUGUUGCAGCUUCAACCAACCAAAACGCCGGACAAUUGCAGCAAGGCCAAAAGCCCACAGAAGGAGUUCCUGACCAGCAGGAGUUUGAACUGGGCGUCGAUCUCAUCUUCAAGACUAUUGAGCUCAUUUCUGUUCGCAUGUCCCAUCUGGGAGAUCAGCGACGCCCGUUUCUCAGCGUUUUGGCGUCGAUUGUAGAGCGGUCUCAGAAUAUCAAGCUAUGCAGCAAGGUUCUAGGUAUGGCGGAAUCAUGGAUCUUCCACUCAACCGAGUCUUGGCCUACCCUGAAGGAGAAGACUGCAGUUCUGCACAAGAUGCUACUCUUCGAAUCUCGACCGGAUCAAACAAUGCUGAAGAAGUUCCUUGAUCUUGUCAUCCGCAUCUAUGAAGACUCGAAGAUCACUCGUACUGAACUCACGGUCAGGCUGGAGCAUGCCUUCUUGAUUGGAACUCGAGCCCAGGAUGUUGAAAUGCGCAACCGCUUCAUGACCAUUUUUGAUAAGAGCUUGACUCGACUUGCCAGCUCUCGUCUUAGCUACGUGUUGACAUGCCAAAAUUGGGACACACUCGCUGACUCAUUCUGGCUGGCUCAGGCUUCACAUUUGAUUCUCGGAUGUGUCGAUAUGAAUACCACUGCCCGCUUACACCAGGACGAUUUUACCUUGUAUCCGUUGUCGUUCCUUUUUGCUGGCGGCGACAAAGAUUCGAGGAAAUCUGAUAUAAUGGUCGAUAGCCAGUUGGAGACUUUUGUGGCCGAGCGCAAGCGAUUCAUGUCCGACGUCGGUGAUGUUAGGGUUCGUGAUUUGAUUGAGCCCCUAUGCCAGCUGCAGCACACCGACUCAAAUGUUGCUUACAAGCUAUGGACCACGCUUUUCCCCAUCUUCUGGUCUACGUUGGCCAAGGAUGACCGGAUUGACCUCGAGAAGGGCAUGGUCACGCUGCUUACCAGGGAAUAUCAUCAGAGACAAUUAGACAAGAGGCCCAACGUUGUGCAGGCUCUCCUUGAAGGCGUUGUUCGUGCUAGCCCACGAUUCAAGAUUCCUCCACAUGUCAUGAAGUAUCUCAGUCGUACCUAUGAUGCUUGGUAUACUGCCGCGACAUAUUUGGAGGAAAGCGCCAUCAAGCCCAUCAUCGAUACCCCCACUGUCCGCGAGAGUAAUCUUGACGCAUUGGUCGAGGUCUACGCAGGUCUUCAAGAGGACGACUUUUUCUACGGCACUUGGCGCCGUAGGUGCAAGUUUGUCGAAACCAACGCGGCACUGUCUUAUGAGCAACAGGGCAUGUGGGACAAGUCACAGCAGCUCUACGAGAAUGCUCAGAUCAAGGCACGCUCGGGAGCAAUGCCAUUCUCACAAGGCGAGUACUUUGUUUGGGAAGAUCAUUGGCUGAUAUGUGCCCAGAAGCUUCAGCAAUGGGAAAUUUUGAGUGAUUUUGCCAAACAUGAGAAUCUAAAUGAUCUCUUGCUGGAGUCUGCUUGGAGGAACAUUGAGAACUGGCAGAGUGAAGGCACUCGUGAGCAGCUCGAGUCCUUGAUUAAAUCCGUUUCCGACGCCCCCACUCCACGACGAACCUUCUUCCAGGCUUUCAUGGCUCUCCUUCAAUAUCACAUGAAAAAAGAGAACAUGCAGGACUUCAACAGUGUUUGUGAUGAGUCUAUCCAAUUGUCAAUUCGCAAAUGGCUGCAGCUGCCUAAGCGAAUAACCAACGCCCACAUUCCUAUUCUGCAGCACUUCCAGCUUCUGGUUGAACUGCAUGAUGCUAGUCAUAUCUGUGGCAGUUUGUCUCAAACUAAUGAGCGCAACCUCGAUACCAAGUCUGCCGAAUUGAAACUUCUUCUUGGAACUUGGCGGGACCGGUUGCCGAACCUGUGGGAUGAUAUCAACACAUGGCAGGACUUGGUCACUUGGCGACAACACAUCUUCCAGCUCAUCAAUCAAACCUAUCUAGGUCUCCUUCCUCCCCAGACCAACAACGUGGCGAGCAACUCUUAUGCCUAUCGUGGAUACCAUGAAACGGCCUGGAUCAUCAACCGGUUCGCGCAUGUAGCUCGCAAACAUCAAAUGCCCGAAGUCUGUAUCAACCAACUUAGUCGGAUCUACACGCUGCCCAACAUUGAAAUUCAGGAGGCCUUUCUUAAGCUUCGAGAACAGGCCAAGUGCCACUACCAGAAUCCGAAGGAACUCAACAGUGGAUUGGACGUGAUAAACAACACCAAUCUCAACUACUUUGGGCCUCAGCAGAAGGCCGAGUUCUAUACUCUCAAGGGCAUGUUCCUCGCCAAACUCGACCAUGUGAAUGAAGCCAACGAGGCCUUUGGAGUUGCCCUCUACUAUGAUCUUCGACUGGCAAAAGCCUGGUCUGAAUGGGGACAGUACAGUGAUCAACGAUUCAAGUCUGACCCCGCCGACUAUGAGUUGGCUAGCAAUGCUGUUAGCUGCUAUCUGGAAGCUGCUGGCCUUUACAAGAGCGCGAAGUCCCGAAAGCUGCUCAGCCGUAUCCUGUGGCUUCUCAGCUUGGAUAAUGAUGAAGGCCAGAUUGCCAGCGCCUUUGAGAACUUCAAAGGCGAUACUCCAGUGUGGUACUGGAUUACCUUCAUUCCCCAGCUUCUUACGAGCUUGUCUCACCGUGAAGCACGCUUGUGCAAGGCUGUUCUGGUGAAGAUUGCCAAGCUCUACCCCCAGUCUCUCUUUUUCCUCCUUCGCACGAACCGUGAGGACAUGCUUAGCAUCAAGAAACAGCAUGAUCAGAAACAGGAAAAGCUCAACCGGGCCCGGCAAAAUGCACAACAGCAGCCGCAAGGAUCAUCUCCGAUCACAAAGCUCCCUGCAAGUAGUGAAGCGUCCCCUGCUCCCAAGCCUCCAACCAGCGUUCCACCCCCAAGCGCCUCUCCUGCUGGUCAACCAGCCAAUCUGUCGACAGCCCAGUCACCGAUUCAAAACCAACCCGCACAGAGUCAAUCUCCGGCCCAGGCUCAGAGCCAGGUGCAAGCUUCCCCGCGUCCAGGCCAAGCGCAGAGUCCCAGCCAGGGACCCCCUGCCCUGGCCCAACCGCAGCAGGCUCAAGGACAACAGCAAGCUCACCUUCAAGUUCCUGGCCAGACUGGCACGUCCCAGCAACAGCUGAAUCAAGGCACAGCUCCCACGGAGUCGAGCGAAAAGGAGCCCCUUAAGAAACCGUGGGAAUAUUCCGAUGAGAUUAUGUCUGGUCUCAAGACGGCUUUCCCGCUGCUUGCUCUCUCUAUGGAGACAAUGGUUGACCAGAUCCACAAGAACUUCAAGUGCCCACCUGAUGAGGAUGCUUACCGUCUCAUCGUUGCUCUUCUGAAUGAUGGGUUGGCCUACGUCGGCAGGAUGCCUGUAUCUUAUGCCCAGGACUUCAAGUUGCCUACUGCAACGGAAGCCAACAUUACCCGGUUUGCAGAGACAAUUCUUCCCGCGCACAUUCGCAAGUCUUUCGAAGCAGACUUUGUAGUGAAGAAGCCCACCAUGCAUGAGUACAUCCAAAAGCUCCGUCGUUGGCGUGACAAAUUUGAAGAGAAGCUUGAUCGUCGUCUACAGUCUGGAUUCCUUGAAAGCUAUUCGCCACACCUUAGCGAGUUCCGCUUCCUCAAGUUUGAUGAGGUCGAGGUUCCUGGACAGUAUCUCCUUCACAAAGACAAGAACCAGGACUUUGUUCGCAUUGAUCGCUUCCUACCCGACGUGGAUUUGGUACGUGGUAUUGGCGUGUGCCAUCGUCGGCUAAAGAUCCGUGGCCACGAUGGUAGUAUCCAUGCUUUUGCUGUUCAACAUCCAGCGGCUCGCCAUUGCAGACGCGAGGAACGUAUUCUCCAAUUGUUCCGCAUAUUCAAUGGGCUCUUGGCGAAGCGCAAAGAGAGCCGACGUCGCAACCUGUACUUCCAUCUUCCAUUGAUGGUUCCCUUGGCACCACAUAUUCGCUUAGUCCGCGAUGAUUCGUCCUAUAUCUCCAUGCAGGGCAUCUAUGAGGAUUACUGUCGACGAGUGGGUAUGAAUAAGGAUGAGCCGGUUCUGUUCACCAUGGAUCGAAUGCGGUCAUUGGCAGAGACGAAGCAGAAUCGCACGGCUGAUCAGCAGCAAGUUCUUCGCACUGAGAUCUUAACCGCCAUUCAAGAUAAAUGGGUUCCCAGUACCGUGGUCCUGGAGUACUUCCAGCAGACAUAUCCAAACUUUGCUGAUUUCUGGCUCUUCCGCCGACAAUUUGCCUACCAGUACGCAGCUGUUGCCUUCAUGACUUAUAUUAUGCAUAUUGGCAACCGGUAUCCGAAUAAGAUUCUGGUCUCUCGUUCAACAGGAGACAUUUGGGGCGCAGAGCUGAUUCCGACCAUCAACCCUGCUAAGGCGAUUUUCUAUAACCCCGAGCAGGUCCCCUUCAGGUUUACUCCUAACAUUCAAAUCCUGCUCGGCCCCAUUGCAACCGAGGGUCUGUUUGCCUGUGCCAUGAUGGCGAUUGCACGCUGCCUGACGGAGCCACGGCAUGAGCUGGAGCAGCAGCUCAGCAUCUUUGUGCGUGACGAAAUGAUGUUUUGGGCUACUGCUCAGCACCGUGGUAACCUGCCGGUUCCGCAGCUGCGCGAGUUGGUUUACAACAACAGCGAGAUCAUUGUGAACCGUGCUGUCAGCCUUGCUAGCCCACCUGAAGGCAACUUGCCUGCCAAUCAGACUACGAUCGAUCUUGUCUCUCGGGCGGUAAACCCACAGCACUUGGCUUCAUGUGAUGCAUUGUGGAUGCCAUAUCUAUAA